AACAAAGACCAGAAGACAAUUCGGACCAACGACAGCACAACUGCAGCUAUCUGGUUUUUGACUUACAAGCAUCACCAAGAUGACUCUCGCGGAAGAUGUUAACACGAUAUCUACCUUUCUCUCCCACGACCAGAUUCAGCUCGACCCAGCUUCAAGCACGCCCCAACACUAUGAUUACAUUGUGCUUUGCGUCAGUGCCAUCUUCCACUGCGCCGAAACAUUCUUCAGCACCCUACAAAAACAUGGCUCAGCUCUAACCUCCACCGUGGUCCUCUGCGGCGGCAUCGGACACUCAACUCCACAUUUGUACACUGCAGUGGCCAGAAAUGCCCGCUAUGCCGACCUAUCCGAGCAGAUCAAUGGCCUACCGGAAGCCCAAGUCAUGGAAAAGAUCUUCGACCAUCGCUUUGACGGAAGCAGAGUGAGAGAGUCCGGUGUGAGAGUGUUGAUCGAGGAUCAAAGCACCAAUUGCGGUGCCAAUGCCACGGAGACUAGAAAGUUGCUACAGAAGCGUGGAUUACUGGUGUCUGGAAGUAAUGUCCUGAUUAUUCAAGAUCCCACCAUGAGCUUGAGGACGAAAGUGUCCUUUGAGAAAGCAUUUGGACUGGACAAUGUGGCGUUUGAGGCCUGUCCCACCUUUGUACCCUCAGUCAUCGAGAAAGAUGGCAGAUUGAGUUUCGACGAGAGCGAAGGUGUCAAAGAGGACGACCUGUGGAAUAUGGACAGAUUCUUGGGCCUCAUCUUGGGCGAGGUAGUCAGACUGAGAGAUGACGAGAACGGCUACGGACCAAGGGGCAAAGGAUUCAUUGGACAUGUUGAUGUACCAGACGCAGCACUCGAUGCAUACAAAAGGCUUGAAAAGGUCGUCCAGGCGAACAGGUAAAGAGAAAAGCUUUCUCUUCUCGCUCUCGCUGGCCAAUAAACAUGAAGAACAUCCUACAUUUUCAAAACAUGUUGGCGACCUCGCAUCUACAAGUGAUAGUGAGAUCGUGCGGUUUCUUUACAGCUACGCCCGUGUUCGCUGUAUGCUAGAGAUA